AAAACUUCAGAAAAAAUUUUACAACUAUCUUUAAUCUCCAAAAUUAAUAUUUUAUUUAAACUAUUUUCUGAAAUAUUAAAUAUAAUAUUUUCCUUUAUAACUAUUUUAACCUCUAUUACCUUCUUCCUAAUAACCCAUCCAUUAGCUAUAAGAUUAUUAUUAAUUCUUCAAACUAUAUGAAUUAUAUUAAUAAUUGGAACAAUAAUAAAAACUUUUUGAUUCUCAUACAUCUUAUUUUUAACCUUUAUUGGAGGAAUAUUAAUUUUAUUUAUUUAUAUUACUUCUCUAGCUUCAAAUGAAAUAUUUACCUCUUCAUCAAAAACUCUCAUUAUAAUAAUAUUUAUUAUCUUUUUUUUACUUAUCUAUACUAUAAUCAUUGAUAAACUACCCUUUAAUUAUAUAACCAAUAAUUACGAAAUAAACUCAUUUGAAAACCAAACUAUUCUUUUUAAAGAAAAUUUACUUAAUUUAAACAAAUUAUAUAAUUUCCCAAUUAAUUAUAUCAUACUACUAAUAAUCACAUAUCUAUUAUUAACAUUAAUUAUUAUUGUAAAAAUCACUAAAUUCAAUAAUGGCCCUUUACGAAAAACUUUUUAAAAUAAUUUUAAAUCAUAAUAAACUAAUGAAAAUACCUAUUCGAAAAAAUCAUCCAUUAAUAAAAAUUAUAAAUAAUGCUUUAAUCGAUCUUCCAGCUCCUAUCAAUAUCUCUACUUGAUGAAACUUUGGGUCCCUCCUAGGAUUAUGUUUAACAAUCCAAAUUAUUACAGGACUAUUCCUAGCAAUACACUACUCAGCUAAUAUUGAAAUCGCUUUUAAUAGUGUAAAUCAUAUUUAUCGAGAUGUUAAUUUCGGGUGACUAAUCCGAUCUUUACAUGCAAAUGGAGCAUCUUUUUUCUUUAUUUGUAUUUAUUUACAUAUUGGUCGAGGAAUUUAUUAUAAUUCAUAUCUUUUUAUUCCAACAUGAACAAUUGGUGUUUUAAUUUUAUUUAUUACUAUAGGAACAGCCUUUAUAGGAUAUGUGCUUCCAUGAGGUCAAAUAUCAUUUUGAGGGGCUACUGUUAUUACAAACCUAUUAUCAGCUAUUCCAUAUAUAGGAAAUACCUUAGUUCAAUGAAUUUGAGGAGGAUUUGCUGUUGAUAAUGCAACUUUAACUCGAUUUUUUUCUUUUCAUUUUUUAUUUCCAUUUAUUAUUAUUGCUAUAGUUAUAAUUCACCUCCUCCUAUUACACCAAACUGGCUCUAAUAAUCCCUUAGGAUUAAACAGAAAUAUAGAUAAAAUUCCAUUUCACCCAUACUAUUCAUUUAAGGAUUUAAUUGGCUUUAUUAUUAUACUAAUAUUAUUAACUAUUCUAUCUAUUCUAUUUCCUUACUACCUAGGAGAUCCUGAUAAUUUUAUUCCUGCUAAUCCAUUAGUAACUCCCCCCCAUAUUCAACCUGAAUGAUACUUCCUAUUUGCUUAUGCCAUCCUUCGUUCAAUUCCAAACAAAUUAGGAGGUGUAAUUGCUUUAAUUAUAUCAAUUGCUAUUUUAUUUAUUUUACCAAUUAUUCACAUAAAUAAAUCUCAAGGUAUACAAUUUUAUCCAAUUAAUCAAUCUUUAUUUUGAUAUAUAAUCAUUAUAAUUAUUCUCCUUACAUGAAUUGGAGCUCGUCCUGUUGAAAUCCCAUAUAUCAUUACAGGACAAAUUUUAACAAUUUUAUAUUUCUUAUAUUUUAUCAUAAAUUCCUUAAUUUCAUCAUUAUGAGACAAACUUUUAAACUAUUAACUAA